UAUAAGAAAAGGUCCUCUACUUUGACGCUGACGAUCAAAUCAAGUAGAAAAUAAAACUAAUUUAGUUAAUAUAUUAUUAUUAUUUAACUGCUAUCAUCAAAAUGAUACCGAAAAAGAUGACAGUGAGAGAUGCUCACAUAGUGAAAAUAGCUGUUGAGCGCGAGAAUCAUAUGGCACAGCUAAUAAAUCUUGAUCAAAGACACCCACUGGCAAGCAAGAUUCAAGAAAUAUGCAAUGGAUGGUCCAUUAGCGAUCAUCAGCACUAUGCUCUACAGUUCUGUGAGACAAACAAUAUGAAAUAUGUGACCGAAAAAAAUCGUAAUGAGAUUAAAAACGGCUCUGUGCUCCGGCUACAGUAUUCACCCUCGAAGACGGCCAGCGAUGCUCUCGAAACAUUAAUUAAUGGUAGCACUCAUGACAAGGCACAACGUCUGAAGGAAUUGACAUCGCUGAGCAUGGAUCAUACAUUUGCACUGGAGUUCAUCAAGGAGAAGGGCUUGGAUAUAUUAAUCAAAAUGAUUGAGGAUGUCAACCAGAAGGAUGAAGAGAUACUCAAGUACAGCCUGGCUAGCUUUGUGGAGCUAAUGGAACAUGGCACUGUGUCCUGGGAGGUACCAGAGAACUCUUUUGUCGCACGCAACAUUGAAAUUGUGCGCAAUUUCCAAAAAUAUCCCACCAAAUGCGGCGAGAGUGCGCUUUCGAAUUUGGAGAACAUUGUACAGAGCAGCAGCAAGUAUGUCCUGGUCGCAGAAGAUAUCAAACUGCAGGACUUGCUGCGUCUACUGCAGGAGGUGAACUCUCCUGUAAUGCGUCAGAAUGCCAUUGCACUGUUAAAUGCGCUCUUCAUGAAGGCAGAGGAGCCCCGGAAGCGUACGAUUGCCCACACAAUCAGUGCGAAACAAUAUCGUCUGGCGUUAAUUGGAAACGGAUUGAGCACCGAGAUGACUCAUCAGUUGUACGUGCUGCAGACGCUGACGCUGGGCUUGCUAGAGAAACGUAUGCGCAUGAAAAUGAAUGCACAGGAUCAAGAUGCCCACGAGAAGAUCAAGGAGCUGCGUCGGAUUGCCUUUGAUGAUUAUGCGGGCACUCUCAGUCACAACGAUGAGCAUAUCCGACGUGGUGGCAGCGGCAGUGGUGGCGGUGGCUCCGGCGGUGGCAAUGUCAACUUUUCUCAGUACUACAAGAAACUUGGCUUCAAGUGCGACAUCAAUCCGGCACAGGACUUUAUCGAAACUCCUCCAGGUAUCUUGGCGCUGGACUGUAUGGUUUAUUUUGCUCGCAAUUACACUCAGCAAUACACGAAGAUUGUGCACGAGAAUUCGUGCCGUGCGGAUGAGCACGAGUGUCCCUUUGGUCGCACCUCGAUUGAGCUCGUCAAGGUUCUCUGUGACAUUCUGCGUAUUGGGGAGCCUCCAGCGGAGCAAUCGGGUGACUUUCAGCCCAUGUUUUUUACUCACGAUCUGCCCUUUGAGGAAUUCUUCUGCAUUUGCGUCAUCACAUUGAAUCGCACCUGGAAGGAUAUGCGCGCCACAGCCGAGGACUUUCAGAAGGUAUUCAGCGUAGUGCGCGAACAGAUUCAGCGCACUUUAAAGCUGCGCCCUGAGAAUUUGGAGGACUUUCGCAGCAAGAUUGCACUGCUAACCUAUCAGCAGAUAACAACGCUACGGCAGCAGGAACGCACCUCAAAGGAGGAAUGCGACUCUACGGCUUCGGCUAUUGUGAAACUUAAGGAAAAAAUAUCUCCGCAAAUUGUGGAGCUGAUUAAACAACAACGUCUCUCAUUUCUAGUGGAAGGCACACGUUUUUCAAAAUAUUUGCGUGGCACACGCACUAAGGAUAAGUUCUGGUAUGCACGCUUAUCACCCAACCACAAGGUUAUACAUUAUGGCGACUGCGAUGAGAAGAACAUACCGACGCUGGAGGAGCUGCCAAAGAAGUUGCCCAUUAUUGAUAUCAAGCAGCUGUUGGAGGGCAAGGAGUGUCCACACAUGAAAGAGACGCGCACACGCAAAUCACAAACAGUUAAUUUAGCAUUUUCCAUCACGUUCGAAAGCGUGGAUCACUCAACGCUAGACUUUGUGGCGCCAGAUGAAAGCGUCUUUAAUUAUUGGACGGAUGGCAUCAAUGCCUUGUUAGGCCAGGAGAUGUGCAGCAAGCAAAAGAAGGAAGACUUCGACACGCUGCUAUCCAUGGAGAUCAAGUUGCGACUGCUUGAUACUGAAGGCGUGGACAUUAGCAAGGAUCCGCCGCCAAUACCAGAAGAUCCCGAGAACUAUGACUUUUGUUUCGAAAGCUAAACAAUGCAGUAUUGUUUUUAUUAUAGUGUAAUGCAAUAACCAAUCGUUCCAAAUCUAAUUUUCAUGCAUCCCACACGCCCAAGAUACAUACCAAAGUGUACCCAUUAUAAACAUAUAGCGAUUAUUUCUCUCCGAUCUGAGUUUUAGUAUUACCUGUGCAAUUUCUAACCGAAUGAACAAAUGGAGUGGUCACUCGCAAAUCGCGAUCCCUCUGCUUAGCCAUUUAGUAACCAUUUUACAUACAUUUUUAUUAAUUAUAUUAAGUAUAUAUAAUAUAGAGAUUCAUUAAAUACAACGUUUUAUACAUAACAAUUUUGUACAAAAAAAAUUAAA